AGCAGCAGCAGCAGCAGCAGCGCCCUGGCAGGGAUGAGCUGCACCCCAGCAGCAGCCCCGCACACGGCGCCCAUCGCCUCCAGGCCCCGGACGUCCUUCCUCAUCCAAGACAUCCUCUGGGAUGGGGCGGAACAGGGAGUGCAGCCGGAGAGGGGCAAGAGCAGAGGAUUCAGCAGCCAGGACCGGGAGCCAGGGGCAGCGGCAGUGGAGGAGAGCAAGGGCAGCUCUGCAGGAGCAUCCCAAGCCCCAGGGACACCCCAAGAGGCAGACCAAGACACCCCAGCGGAGCCCUGCCCGUCAGCCUGUGCCCCCCCGCUGCAGCCCAUGGCCCCGUGUGCCCCCAAGCAGGCGAAGCGCUCGCGGGCAGCCUUUUCCCACAGCCAAGUCCUCGAACUGGAGAGGGAAUUCAGGCACCAGCGGUACCUGUCUGCCCCCGAGCGAGCCCGCCUGGCCCGGGCCCUGCAGCUCACCGAGACCCAGGUGAAGAUCUGGUUCCAGAACAGGAGGUACAAAACCAAGCGGAAGGAGGUGGCCUCCGGCAUCCCCAGACUGGGCCCGCCGAAAGUGGCCGAGCUCCAUGGAGCAUCCCUGCUGGCGCUGCGGGGCGGAUGGCACUACCUGCCCUGCCUCUACUACCUGAGCGCCUGGAGCCCUGGGUGGUAGCAGCGGCUUGCGAGCAGAAAGCAGCCUUUCCUCCUCUAUGCAGUGGGGGUUUUAAUCCUGCCUUGCUUUCCCUAGUGAUAACUGAGACCCUGCACACAGCCAUGAUCAGCAUCUA